AUGGAGGAGCGCCUCCCUACUAUCAGUAUUCAGCCCACCGAUGACCCAUCUCUUCAUCGGAGACCCUCACCACCCAACUACGAGCCAAUUUUCCAGCCUAGACCUUUUCCUUUUCGCAAGAGUUCAUUCCAAGCUAGAUCAAGGCCUCUCUCCAUUGAAUCAGAGAUCUAUAUUGUCCAAAUUCCCAAGGAACAAAUAUUUAGCGUCCCUCCACCGGAGAAUGCAAUCACUGCUGAACGUUACCGGAAUCCGGAGACGAACGAGAGCUCACAUCGGAAUCGUUUGGUCUGUGUUAUCAUUACGUUGUUAGUUGUUGCUGCCAUAGUUGGGUUAAUCGCAGGGGUCGUUCACAAUGUUUUUAAUCUUGAAACUCCUGCUUUCUCUGUUGUGCAUGUUCGUGUCAAGAAUCCACCUUCUUCUUCCCAUAAAACGAGCUUCGAAAUCACAUUGAAGGCAAAGAAUCGAAAUGAGAGAACGGAAAAUAUUUAUAGCAGCGAUGGGGAAAUCACACUUUUAUACAAUGGCCACAAGAUUGGUUCAGGAAAAUCCCCGGAAUUUGAUCAAGCUGCUGAUAGUUCGAAGAAGAUUGGAUUAGAGCUAAGGUCCUCGAAGGGAGCAUUGCCUGAAGAAAUCGAAAGAAGCAUUAGAGACAAAAUGGGGAAACGACAUGUGUCUUUAGUACUGAAAAUGAAUAAUGUUCCAGUGAAGAUGAAGUCGUGGAAGGCAAUUGAUGUUGUUUGUAAUUUGAAGGUGAGCUCUUUAGGGGAUUCAGGUAACAACAUUGUAUCCCAAGAUUGUGAAACCAAGUUCAAUUGA